AACUCCGAGAGAGCGAGAGAGAAAGAGAGAGAGCCAGAGAGAGCGCUCCAAUCAUCUUGUUGUAGUUGCAGAGAGCCGCGUGACAGCUUGCAGAUGCCGACAGAUGUGCCCCAAGACGGACUCAAGACCCAGGAGGAGCUCCUUAAGCAUAUCUUCCAGUGUGACCCCAUGACCCUGACCGGCACGCCGACCGCCCGCCGAGGCAGCACGCCGCUGCCCAUCAAGCAUCAGCUCAGGCGGGAAGAGGCCGUGCACGACGACUGUGACUGGUCCUCGGAGGCGGACUGUGGAGCCGCCGCCGCCGUCGCCACGCCGCCCAUCCGCUUCAGCCUGGCGCCGGACGACGUGGCACCAGCGGAGGAGGCGGAGAGCAGGCCCGACGGCCCCCUGAGGAUAGCCCUCCUCGGACAGAACGGCGUGGGGAAGUCAUCGCUGGCCUUCGCCCUAGCGGGGGACGUGGACAGGACGGCGUCGGUGGAUUCAGACGGGGAGGGUCGCGUCAGCGCCGUCACCGUGGACGACGAGGAGAGCGACAUCGUCAUCUACGACAACUGGAGACACGACCUGUCAGCGUUGCGCUGCGAAGUGUGCGUGCUGGUGUUCUCGGUGACCGACCGGCGCAGUUUCCAUCGCACGGCGCAGCUCCGCCUGCUCCUGCGAGAGACCCAGCCGCAGACUCCCAUCAUCCUGGUGGGCAACAAAAGCGACCUGGUUCGCUCUCGAGAAGUCACCACUCAAGAGGCCAUGUCCAGCGCCACCCUCUUCAACUGCCUCUAUCUGGAGAUAUCGGCCUCUCUGGACCACCGCACCCCGGAGCUCUUGGAAAGUGUUGUACGGCUAGCGCGGGGCCAACCCCCGUGGCCCCCGGGCACCUGCCCGGAGGAAAUGAGUGCCGGGGGCCAGUGGGAGAGCAUCACUUCACGCGCCAAGCGCUUCCUGUCCAGCCUGGUUCCUCGUUACCAGCGCGAGCGAGGGGACGCCGGACGCUUCCUGCGGCAGAAGUCACGCUCUUGCCACGACCUGGGGGCCCUGUGACGAGGAAUAACAUUGAAAACUUGCUCACUUGAAAACUAGGGUACCCUAUUCACAGUGAAACCACAUGCAGUGGAUAUAAUAAGUCUACACACCCCUUUCCAAAUGCCAGGUUUUGUGGUGUAAAAAUGGAGACAAAUCAUUUCCAAACUUUUUUCACCAUUAAUGUGAUGUGUACAACUUCACUGGAAAAACAAAUUCUUUAAGGCAGAAGCUAAAAUAAGCUAGUGAGGUAAUAUGGCUGCAUAAUUAAUUUACCUAAAGUUUUAAAAUGCCUUAAAAUUGACACCUGAAGCGUAAUGUUAUAUUUAUCCACUCAUAUUUUGUACAAAACGGACAGACACAAUACUUGUGUAUAAAUAAGCUGCUGUAGUGAUACUUCAAUGUGAAUAAAAGGCUUUUUUAUA